AAUGAGCGAGGGGAGGGUCCAGCUCAACACUUGUCCUGUCACUCAGACCUGUGCCACUGGGCUGCUGAUAGCUCCUCCAAAAAUAGGACUCCACCAUCACCUUCGCUGCUUUGCCUGCUCCUCUGCAGGCCCGAGGCAAAGUUAACAUUCAGAACGUCCAAAUGGCACCGAUUCAUAUCUGGCAUUGAGGUCAUUAGUAACCUUUAAUAGGGUCACAGCCAGACUCUCAUGUCUCAAGGCGCAAACUUGCCAUGAUAGGACACACCGCCCCUGAUUAAUCACUUUGAAAUGGGCUUCGAUUUAUGCUAAGAGCUACUGAUAAAAAUCAGCGUGGAGACAAUGAGCGGACUGACUUUGGUGCUGCGUUUUCUGCCAGCUCCUCUGGAUCUGGAGACAUUCCAGGCUGUCAUCAUCGAGCCUUUGGGAUAAAUAAUUUUCCAAGCUCUGGAUGAAUAGCCUGUGUAGCUACAUUGAAUACGUCUUAGCUUUUUUUCUUACAACAAUUUCACAGUGUUGACUGAAUGAUGAAGUGUGUACUUGUACAGAAAUGUAAACACAAGAAAAACGAGUAUCAUUCACUUCCACAAGUGUUUUUCACAGCUGGAUCUCACGUUCUUGCGCCCAUCCAAGCUCUUGGAUGUGCUGACAGCUGUGAGGGAAGAGAAAGAGACUUCUGAGGAACAUGGAAACCAAACAAAGAGUCUGCAGUCAUUCAAGUGUUUCUGUGAAGCUGCAUUUAUGUGCUACUGUCAUGCUAGCAUCAGGCAGGUGCAGUGUCUACGUUGUUCACCUGCCUGGUUCAGUAUGUCAGCAAACCACACUAGUAGUUACAAAAUACAGCUCAUGCUAAUAGGACGCCAGCUGUUAUUGACUUUUAGAGAUUUUUAGGUAUUUGGUUAUGAUUUCAGCCGGGCUUGAAAUGAGACUACUUCUUAGGGUUUUUAUUAAAGCAUCAGCAGUGAUGUUGGAUCUUACUGUCAUCUCAAGUACUGUGAGUGGCAGAAAUAAAGAGCAUUUUAAGAUAUUAAACUGGGAUCAGGCUAAGAUGAGAAGAAGGCUAUUUCUUAGGAGCUGAAUUUUUUUUUUAAAAAUAGAGAGGUAGUGAUGUUAAAGUGAGCUCAGUUAUGUCUACAAGAACCUGGACAAACAAAAUAUUAUUGGGAUUUUUCCUUUCCUCUGGGAAAGUGUCAUGAAAGACUGAGCAGUUAUUCAUAAUUUAAAACAUCAGAAACUUGUCAUUUAUGAAUGUGUCUUUGGAUGUGUUUGCAUCUGUUCCCUCAGAUUUAUACCUCACUUAAUCUUGGUCUAUUUAAAGUUGUGGGAAGAAAGCAGACUGAAAAACAACCCAGCAAACACAAGGAGAGUCUCAGUAGACGUAAGCUUAUUUAAAUUAUGUUGUAUUUUCCUUUGGGGCACUGACAGGCGUUUAGACCUGUUGAUAGAGGUUGAAUGAUCUGCUUACUAGACAGGCAAAGCUGCUAUUAUCAAUGCUGCGGGAGGUUACCAGUGAUAGCUGCUCCCUUUGGCAGCUUCACUCUGCAGCUGUCUCCAGGCCUCAGGAUAGUAACCAAGAUCAGUCCUGGGUCAGACGCUCAGAGAAAAAAAAAAAAAAAAAGUCACACUCUCCUGUUGGGGAUGGUGUCAGAUCUGACAGAACACUGCAGUUAAAGGGAGAUUUUAACAACUCGGAUAAAACGGAUCUGGUUUUAUUUGGUGUGUGUUUCACAAGGAAAGCGGGGCAUUUGAGAGUUAUCUGAACAAACGGGCAGUUGAAGGGGUUAUAGCUCAGUUAUGCCAAUUACUCCCUCUAGUGGUUGAAGUAAACUUUUUGAGUGCCACUUUGCAGUAAUUUUUACCAGUUUAGGGGUAAUUUAUACCUCUUUUGUGGUUAAAGAUGGCUAACUUUAGAUCCCAUUACACUGCAUUUUGUGAUGCAUUACAAGCAGCUUUGUUGCAUCACCAGUUAUAUUUGUCUAAAAUAUUUUUAAGAUAUAAAGAAACCAGUCUGCAAAUGUGUCUAGUUCUACUUUAUUGUAUUGUGUAAGGUUAUCAAAACACUUACUGGACUUAAGUGCGUUACAGAGACAUUUCUAAUAGAUUUGUGACAUCCUAAAAGUACCCCGUCAUUGUUGGGAGAGACUUGAGUGGCUGUGACUUUGAUAGAAAUCAUAUCAUUUCCAGAUGCAAACUUCUGCUAGCGCAAGAAUGAGAAGUCUAUGAACAGAAAAACAGAUCUGUGAUACUCAAUAACAGAUUGUUCAGUUAAACACAAUAUAGUGUGUACUGUGUGAGGACUUUGUCUAACUGCAAUGCAGGCCUGUAACAAGUCAGGACGAGGUCUGCUUAGUCACUCUGCCCAGGACAGAAGCUGGCUGUCUUUCAGUAAAAGUAAAAAGGUCAGAAUCCAUAUGCAUCAGUAUGACUGCAGCGAUUUACUUUCCCCUGUAGCACCAUAUGUUUUUGUUUUUAUUUUAAUUCCAUAUGCCUCUAUUGUGGUAGCAAAAUUAAUUAAAGUGUGGUGUACGCAAAGACACAAGGAUUGUUGCUUCACCUCAGGAAAUCGAGGAAGCGGCGUGUUUUUUCCUGUGGACAUGGGAGAACUGUUAAGUGAGUCGACGGUUUUGUCCUCUCAUGUUCCCCCUGUUAAUUAGCUCGUGUGUGGCUAUCUCUCCUUUCAAGGUUUUCCCUUUCACUGUGUCACUGGUGUCUUAUUUUCAUCCUUUUCAACCGCGAGCUUUAAACAUUUUCCUCUGUUCUUUCAUUCCUCUAUUUAAUGACUUCUCCGCCGGCCAACCUGCCUUCCCCGAGACGACUUUGACAGACAGAUUUGUUGAGCAGCAGCAGGCACAGAGUCGGUGCCCUUUAACUGUGGCAUCUGUGCCAGGAUGGCGGAUACUGCCAACCAGCCGUUGCCAGAUCCUGCUCCCCAGCUCAGAUGAGCCUCCUUCCCCAUCACACGCUGAACUCCCGACCCCAGUUGGUGACAGACUGCGCUGCAUCCCUCCCAGGACUCCCACCGUCCUCGGAGGGAUGAGUCCUGUAUCAUCUGCUUCGUGACACAGAUGCGGCGUUGCGCCAGGUGGCCCCUCAUAACCUCCAAGUGCUGUCACCACCAUCUUAUGAGGCGCCUGAAAGUCAAGAGGAAUGUUGCAAGUUACUGCAAGAGGGAAAGUUCCCCAUCUCUCACUUUCUCAAACGGUCACCUCUGCCAACUUUUUGCCCCUCUUAGAGACAGCAGUUUUUCUCCACCCUUCACAGCAGCUGGCACCAGCUCAGCCCUAACUCACAAAACGAAGAAAAAAAUCCCAGAAAACGGCAAGAACUUACACUUAAUGGACCGAUAAGACAUUUUGGACAAGCUCCUCGGGCCCACAGAUCUGCCCAUUUUCCUGCAAACGUGAUCAGGAUUGAGAUAUAUUGACUGCGGACUAAGCAGAACAGAGAAGAGACAAAAUCAGAGUUGAGUAGAUAUUAGCUGCAGAGCAUUAAUGGAGCGGAGGGGAGGAAUCUGCUCUUUGUUUUUCCUGCUGAUUGGUGUGACCUUGCUCACUGGCUGCCUGGGUGAACACAGGUUUAUAGAUGACAGCGUGGCCACAGAGGAGGUGAAAAGGCAGAAGCCACCUCACCUCAUCUUCAUCAUGGUGGACGACCAGGGCUACGGAGACAUUGGCUACCACGGCUCAGACAUUCACACUCCUGUGCUGGACCAGCUGGCAGCAGAAGGGGUCAAACUUGAAAAUUAUUACGUCCAGCCUAUCUGCUCACCAUCACGCAGUCAACUCAUGACAGGGCAAUACCAGAUUCACACUGGGCUGCAGCAUUCAAUCAUCCGUCCUCGUCAGCCCCUCUGCCUGCCCCUGGACGUUCCCACCCUCCCAGAACGUCUGGCUGAAGCUGGAUACUCCACACACAUGGUGGGUAAAUGGCACCUGGGCUUCUGCAGGCCCAGCUGUCUGCCCACAGGACGAGGCUUUCAGAGUUUUUUGGGCACACUGACCGGCAGUGGAGACCAUUUCUCCUAUCAGAGCUGCGACGGGGCUGAAGCUUGUGGGUUUGACCUGCAUGAUGGAGAGCGGCCUGCCUGGGAGAUGGCUGGGAACUACUCCACUCUGCUCUACAUAGAGAGAGUGAAGCAGAUCCUGAGGAGCCACGACCCACGUACACCACUGUUCCUUUAUCUGUCCCUUCAGGCUGCCCAUACACCCUUGCAAGCACCAGAACAUUUUCUCCACCGCUACGAUUCCCAGACUAAUCGUCUCAGGCGCCACUAUGCAGCCAUGCUCAGCUGCCUGGACGACGGCGUUGCUCAAGUAGUCCAGGAGCUGAAGACAAGUGGGCUCUAUGAAAACUCAGUGCUGAUCUACUCCUCUGAUAACGGAGGGCAGCCGCUGUCUGGUGGCAGCAACUGGCCUCUCAGAGGUGGCAAAGGAACCUACUGGGAAGGAGGCAUCAGAGCUGUGGGCUUCGUCCAUAGUCCCCUCAUGAAGAGGAAGGGUGUAGUAAGCCGAGAGCUGAUCCACGUCUCUGACUGGUAUCCUACUUUACUGGGGCUGUCCGGUGCCCUGCAGUCCCACAGUGGGCUCGACGGUCACGAUGUGUGGGGGAGCAUCAGCGAGGGCUCGCCUUGUCCUCGCACUGAAAUCCUUUUCAACAUUGACCCAGUGUCCAGGAAACCUGGGGAGCCAUAUGACAAGGCGUUGCUGCUCAACGGCUUUGGGAUCUGGGACACAGCUGUUAGAGCGGCAUUAAGGGCCGGUGACUGGAAGCUGCUGACGGGAAAUGUGGGCGACGGGGACUGGAUACCGCCCCACGCUCUCCCCGGUGGUCCAGAACGGUGGCUGAAACUGGAGAAGCGGCGCAACGAGCUGGGGAAGUCAGUGUGGCUGUUUAACAUCAGCUCCGACCCCUACGAGAGGUACGACCUGGCCGAGGCUCGUCCAGAGGUGGUGAAACAUCUGCUGAAAAGGCUGGCAGAGUACAACCAGACGGCUGUGAUGACCAGGAAUCCACCGGAUGAUCCGAUGGCUGAUCCAGAGCUCCAUGGAGGGGUGUGGGGGCCCUGGCUGGGCCUGGAGGGGCAGGAGGGCGACAGUGGAGAGGAUGAUGGCAGGAGAGAGAGGAUGAUGAAGAUUAAGCACUGCAAGUUGUGUAAACUAAAAGCCCUCUUCAAGAAGGUGGGGUCACGCCUGCAGAGAAACACUUUAUUCUAAAUGUCUCCUGAACUGAAGGGUUCAGUAUGUUUUAAAUGAGCUUAGAAGUGAUGUCUAGAUUUUAAAAGCCCCUUUAGAUGACCUGAUGGUUGGUCUAAAGCUCUCCAAAAUAGAAGUGGGCAUAAGGACGCCUAAUCAGUGGAUAGUGUUUCCUCAAAUAUUUUUUUAUGGUGUUACUCUUCAUUAUGAAUGCAAAAAAAUAUACAGCAAUAGUUGUUUUCAUAAUGAAAACUAGUAGUGUUUUAUACUCAUAUAGUCUUUAUACAAUGAGGACAUGUACUCGGGUCUGUGGAAGCUCCUUAACGUCCCUCUCUGGUCAUUAAAGGGGAACUUUGUUUUUUUCAACCUGGGGUCUGU